AACAUCGGUCAUCCCUCUUCCAAGCCUCCAAGCGAAGCUAAGUUCGGAAUUUCGAAUUUGCUUACUGUGAUAUCUUAGUUACAGAGAAUCAACAAUGUCUGGCCGUGGAAAGGGUGGAAAGGGUUUGGGGAAGGGUGGAGCAAAGCGUCAUCGUAAGGUUCUUCGCGAUAACAUUCAGGGCAUUACAAAGCCAGCCAUCAGGAGGUUGGCCAGAAGAGGAGGUGUGAAGCGUAUCAGCGGUCUGAUCUAUGAGGAGACCAGAGGUGUUCUCAAAAUCUUCCUCGAGAACGUGAUUCGCGACGCUGUAACCUACACCGAGCACGCUCGCCGUAAAACGGUUACUGCGAUGGACGUGGUUUAUGCUCUUAAGAGGCAGGGCAGGACUCUCUAUGGGUUCGGUGGUUAGGGUUUUCAGAGGAAAAGUCUUGCUAUCAAGAAAUUGGAACGUAGGAAUUAGAUAUUUUCUUUCCCUUUUUUCUGUUUUCUCUAGGGGUGCUUAGUUGGUUACUUUUUGUCUUGUGAUUACGGUGCUCUUAUCCCUGUUCUAGCUCUCUGAUAUGAUUUAAUUUUGGAGAGGGAAGGUGUGGAUGUAAUGUACACUUUAUGUUGAAAAUCAAUGUAGAGAAAUCUUCGUUCUCACAUUUUGAGUCUUACAUCUUUA